CCUGCGCCUGGGAGGAGCUCCGCGUCCCGUCGCGCCUGCCCCGGGCUGGCUGCGUGUGCGUCGGGAGUCGAGCCGCCGUGCGCACCAGGAAGUGACUCUCCCCAGCGGCAGCGAUCCAGGCCGUCCUCUGGCUUUUUCGUUUGCCGCCUCAGGGGAACUUCAGUGUUUCUGUGGUUGGCAAGGAUUAAGAGAAGAGUCCCAAUGCAUAGCCCGAGGUGUUUCCUCUCCAGGGUGGGGCUCACCUCCAAACCAGGAUUGCUCCCCUGGUGUGCCACAAAACCUCCAGGUUGGUCACAGCUCUUUUUGGGCUCAGCAUGUGAGGGAAACUUCACUGGCAUGAUAGCCAAGAAGCGUCAAAGAGGACAGAAAAGUCAGAAGAAACCAAGCCAUGUUGGACCACUUGAUGGUUCCUGGCAGGAAAGGCUGGCUGAUGUUGUGACACCACUCUGGAGGCUAAGCUAUGAGGAACAGCUCAAGGUGAAAUUUGAAGCUCAGAAAAAAAUUUUACAGAGACUGGAGUCUUACCUCCAAAAGCUCAAUGGAGUCAAUGUGACAACAUCUGCAUCCAGAGCUGAGGGGCUCUCUUGUCUUCUCCAUCCUAUUAUACCCUCUCCUGUCAUCAAUGGCUACCGAAAUAAGUCUACCUUCUCUGUGAACCGAGGUCCAGAUGGCAAUCCAAAGACUGUGGGUUACUACCUGGGAACUUGGAGAGACAGAAGCAUCGUCUGUGUAUGGUCUAACCAUCUGAAAAACAUCCCUGAGAAACACAAUCAAGUGGCACAGUACUAUGAAGUAUUCCUUCGACAGUCCCCAAUGGAACCCUGCCUUCUGUUUCAUGAAGGUGGGUACUGGCGUGAGCUCAUAGUCCGCACCAAUAGCCGAGGGCACAUGAUGGCCAUCAUCACUUUCCAUCCCCAGGAAUUAAGACAGGAGGAGCUCAGUGUUCAGAAGGAGGCUGUAAAGAAGUUUUUCACCAGUGGGCCAGGAGCAGUCUGUGACUUGACAUCACUUUACUUCCAGGAAAGCACUAUGAUGCAUUGCAGCCACCAGCAGUCCCCCUAUCAGCUCCUAUUUGGGGAACCCCACCUCUAUGAAGAUCUCCUGGGCUUGAAGAUCCGCAUCUCUCCAGACGCCUUUUUCCAGAUUAACACUGCUGGUGCAGAGGUGCUGUACCGGACAGUGGGGGAGCUGAGCGGAGUGAACUCUAACACCAUCCUCCUUGAUAUCUGCUGUGGAACUGGUGUGAUUGGUCUGUCUCUGGCUCAGUAUGCCUCCCAGGUCCUUGGGAUUGAGUUGGUGGAGCAGGCAGUGCAGAAUGCCAGGUAGACUGCAGCCUUCAAUGGCAUCACCAACUGUGAGUUCCACGCUGGUCGAGCAGAGAAGAUAUUACCACAGCUACUAAAGUCAAAGGAAGAUGGACAGUUCAUUGUUGCUGUGGUGAACCCAGCCCGGGCGGGAUUGCACUAUCAGGUGGUUCAAGCCAUUCGAAACUGCAGGGCUAUCCGCACACUGAUUUUUGUUUCCUGCAAGCCCCAUGGUGAAACCACAAGGAACAUCAUUGAGCUGUGCUGUCCUCCAGACUCUGCUAAGAAGCUCCUUGGUGAGCCUUUUGUCCUGAGAAAAGCCGUAUCUGUGGAUCUGUUCCCCCAUACCCUGGACUGUGAGCUGGUGCUCCUCCUCGCUCGAUAAGCAGCCUCCUGCGGGACUGCAGGCUGUUUAUUAAGGCUGGAGUUUUAGGACCUUCCAGGUUUGGCAUCUUGCUCCAUUGCAGAUCCUGAGAGCGUUAUUGGAGAAACCAGUCUUUGGAUCAUGAGCAGGAAGAAUAUACAGGUGACCCUUGAACAACACGUGUUAGGGCUGCUGACCCCCUACACAGUCGGCAAUCUACCUAUACCUUUUGACUCCUCAAAAAGUUAACUAAUAUUAGCCUGCUGUUGAUUGGAAGCCUUACUGAUAACAGAACCAGUGAAUUAACACAUAUUUUGUACGUUCUGUGUAUUAUAUGUGGUAUUCUUACAAUAAAGUAAGCUAGAGAAAAUAAAAUGUUAUUGAGAAAAUA